GGAGGAGAGGGACCGGGCCGGGUCAGCGGCACCGGAACCGGUCAGGCACCGAUCAGGCACCGAUGGGCGGCAGCGAGCUCAGGCCGGGGUGGCCGGGCAGCAGCUCUCGCCGUGCGGGAACAGGCGGCGGGAGAUGCCAAAAGGAUUCUUAGUUAUACAUGAUCGGCAAGAUCGCAGAAACUAAACAAUGCCAAAUAAAAGACCCCAUGGAUUUGUUUAAUUCUGGGCAAGUUGUAAAAAUAUGUGCCCCUAUGGUCCGCUAUUCAAAGCUGUCUUUCAGAACCUUGGUUAGGAAAUACAGUUGUGAUUUGUGUUAUACACCAAUGAUUGUGGCAGCUGAUUUUGUGAGAUCUGCAAAAGCUAGAGACAGCGAAUUCACAACAAACAAAGGUGAUCAUCCAUUGAUUGUUCAGUUUGCUGCUAAAGAAGCACAGGUUUUGUGUGAUGCUGCACAUAUUGUCUGUCCUUUUGCAGAUGGAAUAGACCUUAACUGUGGCUGUCCUCAGAGAUGGGCAAUGGCAGAAGGCUAUGGUGCUUGCUUGAUAAAUAAACCAGAGCUUGUACGAGAUAUGGUGAGACAUGUGCGGAAUCAGAUUGACAACCCUAGAUUUUCAGUAUCUAUUAAAAUAAGAAUCCAUGAGGACUUAAAAAGAACCAUUGACCUGUGUCAAAAAGCUGAAGCAGCUGGAGUUUCAUGGAUUACAGUACAUGGGAGAAGUGUUGAAGAAAGACAUCAGCCUGUACAUUAUGAUGCAAUUAAAAUAAUUAAAGAAAGCCUGUCAAUACCUAUUGUGGCUAAUGGAGACAUUAAAACUUUAAAAGAUGCUGAAAAUGUUCAUCACUUGACGGGAGCAGAUGGUAUAAUGGUGGCCAGAGGACUCUUAGCCAAUCCAGCUAUGUUUGCAGGCUAUGAAGAGACACCUUUGAAGUGCAUCCAGGACUGGGUUGACAUUGCUCUUGAGCAUGGAACUCCUUUUACAUGUUUUCACCACCACUUAAUGUACAUGAUGGAACGGAUAACUUCAAAACAAGAAAAAAAGGUUUUUAAUAUUUUAUCAAGUACUUCAGCAGUAUUAGAUUAUCUGAAUGACCAUUAUGGUGUGUGAAAAUGGGAAGGUUUUAAGUUCUAUGUAAACUUGUAUUUUGCAGUCGUUGGUACAUUGUUAAAAGUUUUAAUUGGGUUCCUACUUAUUAGUCACACUCAUGUGUUGCAGAAGUAUUCUCAACACAGCCUAACUUGUAUGAUCAAGGUGAUGUUUGAUAUUUUUAUGGUAGCAUUUUUCACUCCAGAAGAUAUUCCGGAUUCCACAAAUACAGAAUUCUAUUUACAAUGUGCUGCUUACAUAAAGGAUUGAUUACUGUAAGACUUUAGUAAUUUAUUUUUUCACCAGAGAAUUGCUUACAGCAGUAUGUUUGCAAAACUGGGGCUUUUCCUUAAUUUUCCUUAGAAUAAGAAGGACCACUUAUAAAUAAUACCAAGAACUUCAGACCAAAAGAAUACAAGGCAGCAAUUACAGAAGUUUGUGUUUUAACUAAUGUAAGCUAUACUUCUGAAUUUGAGUAGACUUUUUAAUUUGUGAGGCCUUAAACCCAGCAUAGUACCCUUUUUUAAAAUUAGACAUACCUUUUGUAGACAACAACUUUCUAGACCUACUUACAAAUCAGAAAAAUGCAACACUUCAUGUAGUAGAAGAAACCUGAAACAGAUAAAGGAUGACAGAAAGAGCAAAAUUAAAAAGAUAAUUUAAACUAAGCACAAACAACUGAAUCAAAAAAUAUAGGACUUGAAAGUUAGACAGAACUUAAUUUAGUUAGAUUGAUCUACUUUAAAAUAAUGAUAUAAAAGAUUAAAUCCAUGUUAUAUACCAGAACAGAAAUAUAUAGGUCAGAUAAAAGAUAACAGAUUCUCCCAGUGGGGCUCUUUCAGUCCUUUCUGCUUGAUGAUAUGUUGCUUAUCAAAGCAUGGCAGCCACUUGGCUUUGAGUCUUUGUAUAGAAGGGAAAUGCUAAAAAUUAGGACAAAACAAUAAUGUUACACACCAGUUGCAUUUGUUCUGCAUGGGAAAUUUUACAAAUGUGCACAGUACAAUUAUUUGUAAUCAAAUAAUUUGUUUUCUUAAUAUGUUUACACGGAAAUUCAUACCAGAAAUUGCUUACUUUUCUGAUUCUGAUAAUUCUAUGACUAUGUAAGUGAAUAGUGCUAAGUUUUCUAAAUAAAUUACUAGGGUUUGUAAACAGUUGUAUU